CCAGCACUGCGGUAAUAUGGCUCCGUAGCGAGCGGCCCGGGCCGGUGCUGCUGCCGCCAUUAACCCCUGGGUGCCCGGCGGUGGCGGCGGCGGGGGGGGAGCGGCCCGCGGGGCUCAUGCGCAGGCGCCGCAGCCGUUGCUCGGCCGUUGCCCUGCCGUGAGGAUGAGCUCUGCCGCCGGCCCCGCCGCCUUACCCCCGGGCUCCGCCACCCGGGCCUUGCAUGUGGAGCUGCCCUCGCAGCAGCGUCGGCUUCGUCAUCUUCGGAACAUCGCUGCACGUAACAUUAUCAAUAAGAAUGGUUAUCGCCUCUUGGAUACCUACUUCACUCUUCACUUGUGUGAUAACGCCAAGAUAUACAAAGAAUUUUAUAAGAGUGAGGUGAUCAAGAAUUCUCUGAACCCGACAUGGAGGAGUCUGGAUUUCGGAAUAAUGCCUGAUCGUCUUGAUACCUCUGUCUCCUGUUUUGUUGUGAGGAUCUGGGGUGGCAAGAAGGAGCACUUUCAGCUUUUGAUCGAAUGGAAGGUCAAUCUAGAUGGGCUAAAGUACUUGGGCCAGCAGAUACAUGCAAGAAACCCAAAUGAGAUUAUUUUUGGUCUCAAUGAUGGUUAUUAUGGAGCUUCAUUUGAACAGAAGGAUCACUCAGGUACCCUGAAGAAUAGUCUUCUCCAGGUGGAUCAGAACUGCGUUCGUAACUCUUAUGAUGUCUUCUCUUUGCUUAGGCUUCACAGAGCCCAGUGUGCAAUUAAACAGACUCAGGUAACUGUUCAGAAGAUAGGAAGGGAGAUUGAAGAAAAGCUGAGAUGUACAUCUACAAGCAACGAACUGAAAAAGGAGAGUGAAUGUUUACAGUUGAAGAUCCUGGUGCUACGUAAUGAACUGGAGAGGCAGAAGAAGGCCCUCGGUCAAGAAGUAGCCUUGUUGCAUAAGGAGAAAAAUACUUUGCAUGACAGAGAAAAUGCGUUUGAGACUGAAUACCAGAAACUUCAAGAGCAUAACGAAUCCCUGCAUGAAUUAAGAAAGGAAUGCACUGCUAAGAGAGAACUGUUUUUGAAGACAAACGCCCAGCAGACUAUUCGAUGCAAGCAGUUGCUAUCGGAGCUAUCCUAUAUCUACCCUAUUGAUCUGAAUGAUCAAAAGGAUUACUUUGUUUGUGGAGUCAAGCUUCCUAAUUCUGAAGACUUUCAAGCAAAAGAUGAUGGAAGCAUCGCUGUUGCCCUGGGCUACACCGCUCACUUGGUUUCGAUGAUAUCCUACUUCUUACAAGUGCCACUCAGGUAUCCUAUCAUUCACAAGGGCUCCCGGUCUACAAUCAAAGAUAAUAUCAAUGACAAACUGACGGAGAAAGAGCGAGAAUUUCCUUUAUAUCCCAAAGGAGGGGAGAAACUGCAGUUUGAAUAUGGAGUGUAUCUUCUCAACAAAAAUAUAGCACAGCUUAGGUAUCAGCAUGGGCUGAGUACUCCAGACCUAAGGCAAACUCUUCCUAACCUGAAAAACUUCAUGGAGCUUGGGCUAAUGGUUAGAUGUGAUCGACACCAUACAUCCAGUGCAAUUCCCGUUCCAAAGAGACAGAGCUCUAGCUUCGGCAGAUUGGAUAUUGGCUUUUCCAGUGGGCUUCCUUCUCCAGAUAAAGGACUCCGAAAACGAGCCAGCACGGGAAACGAAAGACUACAGUACAAAACUCCUCCUCCUAGUUACAACUCUGCUUUAACACAGCCCGUUGCCAUCACAGCCCGUGUCGGAGAGUCAGAUAAAAAACCUGGAUCGCUGUCUUCUUCCUUGGAUACCUCUAUGGACUCCUCGAAAGGAAAUACCAAGAAAGGCGAGGACUUGUGCAGCAGUUUAAAUGGUGAAAACGGGAGCCUAAACAAUACCCAAGACCGGCAGGAGUCUUUCCUAGGACAUACUAGUGCAAUAAAUGGGGCGUUGCUGCCCAGUGAGUGCUCUGGCACUGCGAGCAACGAGCAGCCCCGUGAGUUUCGUCCCUCGCUCGGCCCCGUCCUUUGCUGCACGGUGGAACAAGCGGAGGAGAUCAUGGGGAUGGAAGCGACGGGCUUCAACCCGGGAGAUCAGCUAGAAGACUUUAACUCCAUCCCGGUGGAGCACGCCGUGGCCGUGGAGUGCGAUGAACAAGUCCUAGGGGAGUUUGAGGAGUUCUCUCGAAGGAUCUAUGCACUGAAUGAGAACAUGUCCAGCUUCCGCAGGCCGCGUAAAAGUUCGGACAAGUGAGCUCGGACAGGGAUUUGAUAGCAGACAUUGAGGUGAAAUCAGUGAUCUGGAAUAGAGAUUAAAUUGCACUUAUUCUUUAUAUUAAUUAUAAAAAAAAUAAAAAAUAAAAAAGCUAAAGCUAUUCCUAUGGUGUUAGACAAAACGGACUUAAGCACGAUAACACAGGAUCAUGGUAUAUUCACAGCCCAGGUAAAUUUUGAUUCUGCUUCCAGUCCUCUUAUGUCUGGUAUUUAUAAUCUGUUGGAAUAUUAUUAUUUUUUUUAGGCAUUGGAAUCCAUUUAUAAAAGGCUUUCCUGGAAACAACUUCUAGUGCUGAUCAGGCCCUUCUAUGAAUAUUUGUUAAUUACUUAAUUAUUAUUUAGAAUUAAAUUUAUUUUAAUCUUUUCAGAGGGAAAAAAAAAGUUAAUUUAAAAGUACAUUUAUGGCAAGACCUCUUUACCUUCUCCCAUGUACUCCUGUGUUUUCUUGAGCAAUGUAGCCAGCGUUACAGAAAUACCAUGAAUUCGUUAUAAUUGGACAGCUUUCUCUUGGCUGUGCUCCGUAGCCUUUGAAGUUCUGGUUUGCACUGAUGGGUCUUCAGUCGGUGGUGUAACCUCACCCCUUCCUACCAGUCGAAGCCUUGAGGACUAAACCGCCUCUGAGGUUUCUUAUAAAAAAAAUCUCAGCCUGCCCGUUCCCCGCUUUGCUGGGGCGCAGACCUCAUCAGCAGAGACCUAACGAACUCCCUACUGAAGUGGGGUUCAGCUGCCCCCGCUCCGAGGUGUCUUAACGGGGGGACAGCGUGCUGCGAGGCACUUCAGACAUCUUCAUAAAAACCCAGACUGAAAAUGCGGUCACCGCUUUGGAAUUAGGGGAAUUUGGGGAAUCGCUCCACCCACCUGUAGAAAGGGAGGCACUUAACAUUCUUCGUCGAAAUUAAUAUCCUUUUUAACCAUCUGUGUUUUAAAGGAAGCAACGUCCAGCGGUUCGCUGGAGGUGCGGUUUGCCGUUAGGUAGGUUACCACGGGCACAUGUGUUCAGCUGCACUAAUGGGAAAGCAAUUUGCAGCCUGCUUUGUGAUUCCUGGUAUUUGUUUCAGUUGGGAUUUCAUUGCUCUUGCUUUCUAUAUUGUAUACCCAAGAAUUUGGGCUCGGUUGUGAGCUCUCAAAUAUAAAAAAUAUAUAGCAGAAUAAAAAACACUUCAUCAUGCCUGGCUUUUUUUUCCCCCUCCCUGGUCUAUGCUUUCUUUUGAACCAAUGACCUAGUCUCUUUCCUAACUUCACCGUAAGGCUAGCUGAAAUUAACGUUUUAAAAUGUGGAUAUGUAUAAUCUCGACUAUCUGUUGUCGAAACAAGACGUGUAUGUGAGAACCAAUAUACGUAAUAGCACUGUUCUAGAAUAUGCAUUAUUUUUUUUUUCCAGGUAACACCUUAAUGAUUGUAUUAAAAUUAUAUUCACAUUUCUUCUGUUAGCUUUUAACGGUUGUGUCUGCAAUUGAGUUGUUGGAUCGAGCCUGUCUAUGCCCAUUUGUUAUUUGUGGUCUGUCCCAGGACGAUGCGCUGGAUGGAAGCAUCCAGAAGCAGAGACCUCCAUUCUGUAAAGGCACUGAAGGUGAUUCCAGCUGCAAACUUGGGCAUGAAGUUGCACAUAUGCAUGAGUAUCUUCUCCCCCCGAAUAAGCUCCUCUGUUCCAACCUCAUGAAAAGCUUCCCUAAAGGAAACCGCAGCAGCUGAAAGCACUGCCAUCCUCUUAGAGGAGAUAGGUAGGAUGCUCUGGCUGUGCUUUGGCGCAGAGAGAGCAAGAAAUUAACACCUUAUUAAUGAAGUGGGCGUAAGAUACUCCCUACUGUGACUGUAUCUUACCGUCUUCUGAUAGCGGCAUAAUUUUAGGUGAAUUUAGGGAAGGUUGAGUCAGUCGUGCACCCUGUGAAAUGGGAUCCGGCAUGCUCAAAGCAGCACACACCUUCAGUUUGUAGGCGCACUCACUUUCCUCUAUAACAGAAAGGCUUUAGCUUGUGUCUGGUGGUCACUUUUCAAAGCAACCCAAAGAGUAGGUGUGAAGUGGCCGUGUUCCGGAAGCGAACACAGAGCCUCUCAGUGCAAUUAAGAGACAUAAGGUUCGUAGAGCAUCAGCGGGACUUUGGAUUUUUAUUUCUUUUUUCAUUAGUUGCGCAUUUUCUCAGGUUGCACCCGACCAAAUGAAGUCGGGUUUUCCUCCCUGACGUCGUGUUGCUGUUCCUGUUUGAACCCUGUAAUUGUUCAUGUGUCAAACACGAUGGUUGAUUCCUGCAUCUGCCGCACAAACCUUCUCUGACGGGCUUUCUAUGGAUGUAUCUUUAGUGGGCCUUAAAUUGUCCCCAUGUUUCUCUUCCCCUUUCCUCGCUGCCUCUAUAGAAGGCGGCGUGAAGGGGAACAGCAUCGUAGGGCUAAUUAAAACAUCAACAAACUUCUCGUUGCUGUGAGGAUGGGGGGAUUGUACAGACUGCAGCCACCUCAUGGCUUUCUUUUUUGUGUUUAUUUCCACCCCCCCCACACACACCCCCUUUAAAUUACUUUGAAAAUAGCAUAGUGGGAGAGAAACAAAUGGUAGGUUUUGAAGGUGAGAUGAUAUAUUACAGUGUGCUUUAAACUGUCAAGAGCCUUUAGGUUCCUGCACAGCUGUGACACUGUGAAAUGUCUGCAAAUGUCUUCAAGUGGAGAAAACAUUUCAUUGCGAUCUUUUCCCCUCACUUAAGAAUUCCUGGGAUUUUUGAGAAUAUUAGUUUUGGAAGAUCAUAUCCCACUCUAUUUUUAUAGCAAGCACAACAGCAUUGGCUUAUCCUUGCUUGACCAGGUAUUUAAAAUAAGCAAAACCAGAAUAACCCAUAGUAAAUGACACGUUAAAACUAUGUUGGUAAUUGCAGGAAAGCUCAUCUGUAUUUAUAAAAUAAAAGUGGUUAGUAUCUCUCGA